CUGAUGAUGAUCCAGCUGCUGUGCGUGUGAGUGCGCGCGCGGACAUGGAUCCAACUGUGGUGUAGUGUUGAAAGUGGACUCAUUUCCACCAGUGGGACGGACACACUGGACUGACUGAGACAGAGACAGAGAGAGAGAGAGAGGGGGAAAACUUCUGCCACGGCCGCACUCAUGUGAUUUCCCCUUGUUUGAGCCAUGUCCAAGAGCUUGAAGAAGAGGAAGAACCACUGGACUAACAAAGUCCACGAGAGUGUCCUCAGCAGGAAUGAGGAGGGGGAGCUGGGGCUGGAGCUGAAGGGCGGCGCAGAGAAUGGACAGUUCCCGGUUAUCGGCGAGCUUCUCUCGGACACAGAGGUCUGCCACAGCGGCAAACUCUUCGUGGAUGAACUCCUGUUGGAAGUCAAUGAUACCCCCGUGGCUGGACUCACCACCAGGGACGUCCACGCUGUGGUCAAACACUGCAAAGACCCCGUCCGACUGAAGUGUGUCAAACAAGGGGGCGUGAUAGACAAGGACCUGCGCCACUACCUCAACCUGCGCUUCCAGAAAGGCUCGGUGGACCACGAGCUGCAGCAAAUCAUCCGGGACAACCUCUACCUCCGCACUGUCCCCUGCACAACCAGGCAGCCCAAGGAAGGAGAGGUCCCUGGGGUGGAUUAUAAUUUCGUGACCGUUGACCGGUUUAUGGAAUUGGAGAAAAGUGGAGCCUUGCUAGAAAGUGGAACAUAUGAAGAUAACUUUUACGGCACCCCCAAGCCUCCGGCCGAGCCCAGCACUCUGCUGCUAAAUGUAACAGACCAGCUGCUGCCGGGCGCCAGACCCAGCUCUGAGGGCAAGAGGAAGCGUAACAAGUCAGUCAGCAACAUGGAGAAAGCCAGCAUCGAGCCCCCUGAGGAGGAAGAGGAGGAGAGACCCAUUGUCAAUGGCAACGGUGUUGCUGUCACCCCAGAGUCAAGCGAACAUGAGGACAAGAGCACAGACGCUUCAGGAGACAUCGCC